GACGAGAGACGCUCGCUCGGUAAGGGUUGGGUCGGACGUACUGUCAGUGAAAAAGUUGACGUUCGUUGUUCGAGAAGCGCACAUAGGUUUGGCACACCGGCGUUAAUGAACUCUCUGCUUGCAAAUAUGUCGCACAGACGCGGUUUCAGAGGCAUUUCCAACUCCUUCGCGAGACAUAACAGAGACGAGCCAACACAGUCGUCUACAUCUGGGAGAGCCAUCCGUGGAAGAGGGUACUCACAUGCACAAAGACCUCCUCCUGGAUUAAGGGGAAAAGAAAUAGGAUUGUUUUAUAGAAACCAAAAUAUAGAGAGACAAAAGAGGAGUGCGCCAGAAGUGCUCAGACUAUCAUCUGAAUUGAAGCAAAAAACUAAGAUUAUGUUAAAUAAUUGCAAGAGCUUCUACAAUUCAGAUUAUCAUGAAAAUUGCGAGUUCGACUACUACGAGAAUCAAAUUCACGAUAGCCAAUUUAAAAAAAAGUUUUUGGACAUCGUACAUGGUGAUAUACAGCAAAAUCUUGCCAAAGCUAUAAAUGAAAAGUCAAGAUUACAAAGAAAUAGUGACAUGGACAGAAUAUUACAAAGUGAAUACAGAGAAAUGCAGAGACAUGAGGCUUAUCAAAAUAUGUUGAAGUUUCGAUUAAAGUUACCAGCGUAUGAGAAAAAAUCAGAAAUAUUACAACUGGUUGAUGACAAUCAAGUUGUUGUUAUUAGUGGAGAAACUGGAUGCGGUAAAACCACUCAGGUUGCACAAUUUAUAUUGGAUGACGAGUUAGAAUCUGGAAACGGUAGUGUCACUCGAAUAGUUUGCACACAGCCUAGAAGGAUCUCUGCUAUUUCCGUUGCUGAACGUGUAGCUAUGGAAAGAGCAGAAAAUCUUGGAAACUCUGUUGGCUAUCAAAUACGACUUGAAAAAUCUUUAUCACGAGAACAAGGAAGUAUAUUGUUUUGUACUACUGGUAUAUUACUACAAAUAAUGAAGCAUGAUCCAGCAUUGAAAAAUUUCUCUCAUGUAAUAUUGGAUGAAAUUCACGAACGUUCUACAGAAAGUGAUUUUGUCAUUACAUUAUUAAAGCAAAUUAUUCCAAAAAGACCGGAUUUAAAAGUUCUCUUGAUGAGUGCAACAUUGAAUGCUGAAAGUUUUUCGAAAUACUAUAACAAUUGUCCGAUGAUACAUAUACCAGGAUUCACCUAUCCAGUAGAGGAAUUUUAUUUAGAAGAUGUUCUGUCACUUGUACAAUACAAGUUUCCAGAGCCACCACCACAACCUACAGAUUACAGGAAACAUCUGAAAAGAUACAAAGCGCAACAAAACAAGAAAGACGAAUUUUUAGACAUGUUGCAACCUUAUAUUAGACAACUUACAGCUGAGAAGAAAUACGAAACACAAGUUAUUAAUCAGUUACGGAAUCCAAUUAGUGAAGAUCUUUCACUGGACCUUAUAGAAAAAUUAGUUAGAUAUAUCUGUAAUACAAAAGGUCCUGGAGCUAUUCUUAUUUUUUUACCUGGUAUGAUGGAUAUAUCAAAUUUAAAUAAAAUGAUGUUGAAUUCCCAGUGUUAUCCAGGUCACAGAUACAUCAUCUAUCCUCUUCAUUCACGCAUGCCGACAGUUGAUCAGAAACUUAUAUUCAAACAACCUCCUGAGGGCGUUCGUAAAAUAAUCAUUGCGACUUCAAUUGCUGAAACGUCAAUAACUAUAGAAGAUGUUGUAUACGUAAUAAAUAGCGGGAAAAUAAAAUAUGGAAAAUUUGAUGUAAAACGUAAUAUCCAGACUUUAGAGCCUGAAUGGGUGUCUUUAGCUAAUGCGAAGCAAAGACGCGGUAGGGCUGGCAGGGUUACAAGUGGAGAGUGUUAUCAUAUGUAUACAAGAGUACGAGAAAUGCAAUUUGCUCAAUAUCCAUUGCCAGAGAUGCUGAGAACGCGCUUAGAAGAAGUAAUUUUGCAGAUAAAAAUCCUGCAAUUAGGGAAAGCCAAACAGUUCCUAGCUACCGUCAUGGAUCCGCCAGAUGUACAAGCCAUUCAUCUGUCUCUCCAAUUACUAGAAACACUCAAUGCCCUCGACGAACGUGAGAAUCUAACUCCUUUGGGUUACCACUUGGCGCACUUGCCACUUGAUCCUAGAACAGGAAAAAUGAUUCUGUGGGGCGCAUUGUUUUCCUGUGUCGAGCCAAUAUUUGCUAUUGCUGCUAGUCUCACAUUUAAAGAUGCUUUCUAUUGUCCAUUAGGACUAGAGGAACAGGCUAAUAAAAAGAAAUUAGAACUCAGCAUGGAUCAGUGUAGUGAUCAUAUUGCUCUCGCAGAAGCUUUAAAAAGAUUUGAAAUUGCACGUCAAAGAGGACGUGCUUCCCAGUUUUGCCGAGAGUAUUUCCUUUCUUUCAACACAUUGAAGCUGCUCUCCGAAAUGAAAAUUCAGUUUGCACAGUAUCUAUAUGAGAUGAAGUUUCUGGACAGCGAAAAUCCAAAUCAUAUAAGCUCCAACAGAAACUCAGAUAACAUAUCAUUGAUAAAAGCUAUUGUCAGUGCAGGAUUAUAUCCUAACAUCGCUGUUGUAAGGCGAGUUAAUAAAGGCGGAGUGGUCUGUUGGACACCGGAGGACGGUAGCGUACGUGUACAUCCAUCGAGUGUAAACAGUAAAGCUUCAGAGUUUCCUAGCCGGUUCUUGACGUAUUUCACGAAACAACGUUCCACCGCCAUAUUUUUACAUGACACUUCGUGCAUAAGUGUACCAAUUUUAUUGUUCGCCGGACCAAAUAUAUCGAUAAGACGAGAUAAAGGAGAAUGCAUAAUUAGUAUCACGAAUUUAUCGCAAGAUAUUGUUUCUGAACGAGACACUGCGGAACUGAUACAGGAACUUCAACACGCUCUGAAUAGUUUACUGGCAUAUAAGAUUACGAAUCCGGACACAGUAUCUUGGUCAACCGUUGAAGGGGACUUAUUGAAUGGCAUCAUUGAAAUAGUGUCUCAAACAGGUCGAGAAGCCAGUUCUGGUAACACGCGCGUAAGCGUAUAUUAUGAAGAUGAUGGUGCUGAUUGAUCGCACUAUCGUUCAUUUAUUAAAAAUGUUGAUUGUUUAUUUCGUCGUUCCGUUUAAUGUUAAAGAACAUAAACAUCGUUAAUAAAAUCUAGAAUGUUAAUUCAGAGUUAAUAAAAUUUAGAAGUUAGAAUAUAAGUUUUUAAAUAAAGUUACGAAAUUGCUUUUUCUCAUUGAUUUUUUAAUUUUUAGACUUCUCUUAUUAUCAAUUAUGUAUAUAUUAUAAAUGUGUAUAUUGUUCCUCUUAUGUCGAAACCAUCAAUGUGUAAAUUUUUAUUUUUUUUGAGUGACUUCUGCUCCUAGUUAUUAUUUACAUUGUAAAUUUCCAAAAUUGAGUCGCACAUUUAUGGUAUUAGCGUAAGGGGAACGAUAUGUAUUCGUUAUGUGUGUGCGUGUGUGUGUGGGAGUGAGUGUAAUAAUUAUAGAUAAAAAAAACACUCAAGAGUAA